AUGUUUCCCUGGCAUGAAAGCCUGAAAUCCUGGGCUAACGGCACGGGACUCAAAAUCGAUGCCCUAGGUCUUGUCACGCUCCUCGGCGCAGAAGAAAUGGACCGCAGCAUCGGAAGAUUAAUGCCAAGCGUGUACUUUGACUACCUACCGCUUCUCGGUGCAUUCAUCGUAGCCGGUGAUCGAUUCAAAGAGAGAAAGCUCGGAUAUACUCUCUACAAUAUCUCUGCGGGGAUCGUCACGACCGAGUUAUCAGGCUGGUUCGCGCGAUGGAUGUGCGCGCAGGAAUUUCACAAGAUCCGAAGUAAAGUCACUUGGGAGGUUGUCGAUCGGCCACCACGGAGGAAGACCUUUUCUGUCGGCUUAUUUCUUAUCAGCAUCCCCUUGCAUGGAAUGCUUCUGGCCCUGACAGUCUUGGCGGCGGAUUGGUGGGGGUUUGCAAAUGUUGUGGCUAUGGUGGUGUCUAUAUUCGUGCGAUGUGUGCAGGUCGCGGAGAACCAAGAUGGCAUUAGUGAGAAUAUACGGGCGGCGGAGCAGGAUGCAAAUGAUAAGUUGGCGAAAUAUGAGUUGGCAAAGGCUCGUCAAAAGGAACUUGGGUCCAACAGUACCAAAAUUCUUACUCGGCCCAAGGAUCGCGAUCUUGUGAAGAUGAUUGUGGUGACGGAAGAAUCUAAGGUUGUUACGCUUUAUGCGCCUGCUUUUCUUGUCAGAGCUGCUUUCACGGCUGCGCCUUGCAUACCCAAUCCUCACUUUUAUACGUUCUGUCGGAUUCUGGGCUGGAUUGCAUUUGCUGUUCAUGUCAUCAGUAUUGGUAUGGCAGCACUGUAUACCCAGAUUUGCACAGUCGUUUUGAUCAUUGGGGCGACGGUGCUCACUGCCUAUAAAGUUGGUAGUGAAGAUUCGCAGCUAUCAAGAUCUAUUCGGCGCAAGUUGCACGGAGUUCAAUAUGAAGAGAAGGAAUGGAGUUGUUGGGUUACUUCAAAGUUGAAAGCCACAGUCUCCUCUUAUCCGAAGGAGUACACAGAAUGGGAAACUGUGCCAAGGGAAGAGAAAUUGAAGCCACCUGCCAAAGUGACUGUCUCCUCGUGGCCAUGGAGUCGAGGGGCAGCGGUCGAUGUCAAGCAUUCAGCACCCAAGAGAAAGUCGAGGAUUGUUCAAGAGCGACGGCAGGACCUGUUUGCUUGGUUGGACUUGACACCGGAGGAAGAUGAGCGUAUGGUUGCAUGGCAUAUGAUUCCUCACAGUCAGGAAUGGAAGAAUGCAUAUUUGGAAAAGAAGGAGUUUCAUCGUCGGAGAACAAGAAUCCCAAAUUUCACAUGA